AAACGAACUGUCUUGAGGUUCGCAGUUCGCUCUCAUGGCCGUCCGUUACCCGCUCGCUCAGACUGAGUCCGCGAGUAACGACCCGUCCGUCUGAUCGCCCCAACUCUACUACCCGGGAGACACGAAUCAAUGCAGAAAUCUUUUGCCUGGGGAAAAGGUUAAGCCGCCACAGUCACGUGAGAUAAAAACUACAGACACAGACGGCCAACAGGACAGGAGACGUAGAUUUUGGCCGAGGGUUUGGGACGAGCCCAGUCGGAGAGAGAGAGAGAGAGAGAGAGAGAGAGAGAGAGAGAGGGGGGGGGGUAAUACAUACCUGUUUGAGUUUGGAGCUUAGCGUACAAGAAACCAUGGAGAGCGCCCGACUUGAGAGCUCUCUUGUUUCCCUCCACGUACCUCAUUACUCACAGCUCUGUGGUGGUGUUUAUCGUUACACUUGGAUUUCUCCAGAAACAUGUUGCACCAGGGCUACCCAAAGACGUUUGCUUUCUUCGUCCUCUCUUCUGGCUGGAUAUUCAUCAUGAUGACAACUUUGCAGUGGGUCCCUUUUGAAAUUGUGCACGAGAUGCUUAGCCCGGCCUUGCUACAGCCACCGCCCCCAGCGAGAGCAGCUGUGAACGUCGGGGGUCCCACAGAACAAAUCUCGUUCUUCGACAUUCUCAAGGCGUUUGAGGAGAAAUCACGGGACUCAUGUCCAUCAGCCAGCAAAACAUUCCGAAGCUCUUUCUGUCCGUCUGGACUUAAGAACGGCACGUGCAGUUGGCCUGGAGUGGCCCCCCUACGAGCCCUGAACGCCUACGUAGCUCGAGAGAAGCCCUUCGUCCCUCUGUUCGCGGACCAUCAGUAUGUCUACCAGUUUGAGCAGACAUUGCUAAGUCAUCCACAGAUGAAGGACAUUCGAGAGGCGCCAUCUUUAAAUCUUUCCCGACUCACACCCCUGGACGGGAAGCUGGAGAAAGAGGGUGUGGUCAGCUGCCAGGUCGGUGACGUCAUAAGGGUGAGGGCCGACCUGGUGGACGGGUACGGGAAGGCGAGGACCCAGGGCCACGACGACGUCAGAGGCUGGAUGGUGGAGCAGGUGGACAGCCAUUCGCAGAAACGCAAGCUGGGGGCGGUGGCUGCUGCUGACGUCACUGACCUACAUAACGGAAGUUACGUCAUCUCCUACAGGUGUCUGUGGCCUGGCACUACCAGUAAGCUGAAUGUGGGCGUGGCCUAUCCCCGCGAGUACCAACGACGUGUUGUGUUGGAGAGACGUCUAGGUAUCUACAGGUUGACAUCCGGCUCUUUCAAGAAGGGGAAAAUAUCAGAGGCAACUCUGUGUUUCUCCACACCCAACAUCGGCUGGCCCUGCCUCUGUGACUUCACGGGCUGGAACAACGCUUCUUUUUUCUGCGGAAGACCACGUGACUCCAGGUUGUCUUGUUCCGAUCUCUCUGGCAUUGCAACUAUGACGUCGGUGUGGGCGAACACUAAUGCCACAGCGGCAGAAGCUACACUCUUGGCUCAGGUAGUCAGGCAACCCAAUGAGUCCCUGAUACGACAAGACUUGUAUGUCAGAACACAGAAAACCGGCUCACUAGGUGUCAGCCAGCCUUGCAGGAAGACCCGUCCGGAGGUCACGUGGUCUAUGACAGCACCAUCAGGUUUCUUCGACGCUGGCCGCAACUGGCACUCACUGUUGUGUAAAGCUAAAACGUUCACCAAAGCAGAGGCUCAGAAAUGUUUGAGGAAUACAACAGUGAGGAUUUUCGGAGAUUCCAACGGGCUUCAACUGCUGGGUGUCUUCAAAGCGUUGACGGGAGUGACGUGUUCUGGGGCUGUGCCUAUCUGGACUGUCAAGACCGUCUGCCACAGAAAGGACUUAAAUUUCCGGUUAAUCUUCAACCCUCAUGAAUAUCACAUAUACCUCAAGUCCUCGUUUUCGCCGGUGGCCAGAUAUGGAGGGGUGCCAUUCCAGAUGGACGCCAUUCCUUCCUCGGGUCGUUAUGUCGUCAUCGUCCACUAUUACCUGCACAUCGUGGGCGCGCAUCUUAGCGUGGCUCACAACCGAUUGUUAGCCCUGAAGAAAGCGGUGCGCAGACUUUUAUCGCGGAAUCCACAGGCCAUUUUCGUGUUCCGCGGGCCUCACAUUAUAUCCUUGGAGUGGACGGACAACCAUUCUAUGGGCGGGGAUGUCCAGGCAUUGUUUUAUCUCCCGAUCAUCCGAGAGGUGUUCUGGGAUAUACGGGACAAGGUCAUCUUUCUGGACGGUUGGGAAAUGACAACCGCUAUAGAGAACAGAGAUAUUCACCCCAAUGCUUGUGUACCUAGAGGCAUGAUUCAAUUACUUUUGUCCUUUAUUUGCGAUUAGCGUGAACUGUUUAGGUUUUAAUUUUUACGAAAAGAGAAUAGAAAGCCUUUUUUUAGUGGGGGGGGGGGGGG